GCGGCCAUGACCACUCCGCCGAGGACGCUGCCCCCUCCCGCCGCGCGGCCCGUGGCAAGCAGCGCCCCGCGCCGCCACCCCCGCCCCCCCUCCGUCGCCGCGCCACCACCUCCACCCGCAGCACAAGCAGCAGGGCGGCGCCACGACGUCCGUGCUGGGUGUCGGCGUCCCGAACGCCUGGCUCUCGCGGCGCACCCCCGUCCUCGGCCUCCGCGCCUGGGUCCUCGUCGCUGCCGGCGCCGCGGCGGUCGCCCUCGCGCUGCUCUGCAUCAUCGUCUGCCUCUGCCGCCGCUGCCGCCGACACCGCGCCCCUCGCCUCGCGCCGCCCGCGCACCGCCCCGGCGCCAGCAAGUCCCUCAGGCACCGCGUGCACGCGCAGCACCACCAGACGGUGGUGAUGCCGCCGGCAAAGGACGUGGAGGAGGCCGCCGCCCCGUGGCGCCCGCCGCCGUUCGAGCCGCCGAUCGAGGCCAUCAAGGCGGAGCAGAAGGCGCCGCUGAUCCUGUCGGGGCAUUUCGCGAGGACGAGCGUUGAGACGGCGACGAGCAGCGGCGGCGACGGUGGAAGCACCGACAGCGGCGGGAGCGACGGCGGCAGCGACGCGGAGGUUCCAGAGGCGGCGCGGCGCGGCUGGGGCCGGCGGUACACGCGCCGGGAAAUGGAGGAGGCCACGGCCGGGCUCGCCGCCGCGAACGUGAUGGGCCAAGGUGGCUACGGCGUCGUAUACAAGGGCGUGCUCCGGGACGGCACCGCCGUCGCCAUCAAAAACCUCCACAACAACCGGGGCCAGGCAGAGAAAGAUUUCAGGAAGGAGGUUCAGACGAUCGGGCGCGUCCGGCACAAAAACCUGGUCAGUUUGCUCGGCUACUGCAGCGAGGGAGCAUGCAGGAUGCUUGUUUACCGGUACAUGGAGAACAGUAAUCUGGACAAGUGGCUGCACCACGAUGACAGUGAGGUCAGUCCACUGACCUGGGACAUCAGGAUGCGCAUACUCCUUGGAACAGCUAAAGGGUUGGCGUACCUUCACGAAGGGCUGGAGCCCAAGAUCGUCCACCGCGACAUCAAGUCCAGCGACAUCCUUCUCGACCGGCAGUGGAACGCCAAGGUGUCGGACUUCGGGCUCGCCAAGCUUCUCCGCUCGGAGAGAUCCUUCGUCACCACUCGUGUCCUGGGGACGUUCGGGUACGUGGCGCCGGAGUACGCGAAAACCGGGAUGCUGAACGAGAGGAGCGACGUUUACAGCUUCGGAGUGCUGGUCAUGGAGGCCAUAACCGGCAGGACUCCGGUGGACUACACAAGGCCAGCCGAUGAGGUGAACCUGGUGGAGUCGCUGAAGCGCAUGGUCGCGGAGCGGAGGGUGGAGGAGGUGCUGGACCCCCGGCUGCCGGCGCCGGCGCCGCCGCCCAAGGCCCUGAAGCGGGCGGUCCUCGCCGCGCUCCGGUGCGUCGACCCGGAGGGCGGCCAGAGGCCCGCGAUGGCGCACGUGGUCCACAUGCUCGAAGACGACCAGAUGCAACGAGACGAGUUCAAGCUCGCCCGGGACCUGUCCCCUCGGGAGUCGGAUAGCUACGAGCGCGAGCACGGCGGGUGAUGGGAGCAGGCCACGCGACGCAGAGCAACAACAAUCUGGGACACCUGGGUGCUGAGUGAGUGAUAGCGAAAUGUGUUUGGUACAAGCUGAGUGAGAUCUGGCUGCAUUUGUUCCGUGACAGCGGCGGUUAAUAACACAAAGUAUACGCUGUUCUUUUUUUCUUUUUUUUUUGACAGUAUACGGUGUUCUUGAAAGCCAACGACCGUGCACCACCAGCUGGUCGUCGAUGGCCAUCAUUUUGGGCCCAGUAGUUUCUGGACAAUCCUUCACGACGAAGGGACCGAGCGCACGCAUGAACACCACGGAAUGGUUAUUUUUUAGGUGAGAGGUGGUUAGAGGUUUCUUUGGCCGGUUGA